UUGGAGCUCAUUAACUCUGGUUGUUGAUGUGAUGUUCAAGCUGAUAUACUUUUAAUGUUGAUUUGAAUGACUUUUGAUGUGGAUUUGCUUUACGAAUUUUGUGGAUAACUUCUAAUCUUAAUUGAAUGAUAUCAAUUGUGUGGGGCAGAGGGAGUAGAUAGUAAGCAAGAACACUGUCCUUUCGAACUAACUGUGGUGUUUUCCAUUGAAAUUGGUUCGUUGGCAAUGGCGUCUCUAGAAAUUUGUGGAAAACGAUCCUCCAUUAGUUGCACCGUUUUCUUCGAUUUGUUACUCUUUCGAGUUUCGUGGGAGACAUGACUCGUGUUCGUCUAUGGGAGAUUCGACGGAUUAGAUAUAGAGCCUUUCGUGAUCUUUCCUUGCAAAGGUCUCCCCCAUUUCAGGUGAUGAUAUGAUAAUGGAUUGUUGAAUAAUCUUCCUCUUCCUUCCUAAGAGAUACUUAUCUGAAAAAAUCAUGGUUCAGAAACUGCAACCUAUCAAAGGAGGUGGAGGAUCCAUUAACGUCGGAGCCACCGGAACGAUUAGCUCCCUAAUGAUGAGGGAAUUAGAGUCUAUGAGAUCUGUCCCGAAAAAGCCGGUAGCUUCCAAAAUCAAAUCUUCAUCUGCUACUAGGACUGUUUCAUCUGCUGCUUCCAUUCCCAACAGACUACAUCAAAGUAAAUCGUUCGACGCUGCAUCCAUUCCUAACAGACUACAACAAAGUAAGUCGUUCGACGAGGUAAGCAAUAGAAGGUAUAAUACUGUUAAUAACCGAAGCUUUGGGAAGUCCCAUAAUGCUACUAAGGCCGGUUCAAGGGAUGUCCAUCGUAUGCCAAUGCUUGGUUCUAAUGAUGUUUAUACAGAUGGAAAUAGCUAUAGAGAGAAACCAGAAAGGAAAGGACUUAGAGCAGUUCCGAUUGUGGACGUUAAGUGUAAUAACCCGGAUAGAGCUUGGUCUAGUCGUCCUCUAUCAAGUCGACUUAGAAAACUCGGUUUUUCAAAGCUAUCAGAAACCUUUGCUUGAUUCUGCAAGUCUUUCUAUCUGAAUAUUUGUCACUUUAGGAGGUUUUCUUGUAGUUAGUUGUAGGGUUUCAAAUGAUGUAUAGAAAGAACUUCCUGUGGAGCCUGUAACUGAGUCCCGACGACCCGAAAAUCAACCAGUGGUUGCAUAAAAUGAUAUCAAAGUCUGCCAUGUGCGCCCCCUUCAUCAGGAGGCUGCUCUCACUCAACUGUCUUCUUGGAAAUCUAGCUGAUGGGAAGCUAAACCGUGUUCGGUUUGUUGGUCGUUUUAUUCGACAUGUUUGUGUCCAGAACUUGCAAGUUUGUAAUGGUAAAGAUUGCCUUUGCCACUUGGGUCCCUUUUUGAUGUUUUGCUAUGAUUUGGGUUGGAUAGAAUGUGUUGUUUGGGUCAUCGGGACAUAUGAACACCGUGUAGAACACUUUUGAGGAUGUUGUGAUGCCUCUUUUAUGUUCAGUUUAUUGCA